AUGUCGAAACAUGAAGAAAACAUAAGCAGUGAUACACCAUCGAACCAGAGCAGUUACACCGAGAAAAUCUCGUCCGCAACUUUAGCAAUAGCCGAUAAAGCUGUGUCAGCUAAGAACACCGUAGCUUCGAAACUAGGUUAUGGCGACAAAGGUGAGAGCCACGAAGAGACACGAGGAGAGAAUGCUGCUGCUGCUACUUCCACAACAGAAUAUGGGAAGAGAAUAGCACAGUCCUUGACAGAUAAACUUGCACCGGUUUAUGGAAAGGUUGCUGGUGUAGGAAGUGCAGUGAAAUCAAAGGUUCCUGGAACCUCAACUGGGAGUGAAAACGACAAAGGAUGGUCAGUGAAGGACUAUUUUGCAGAGAGGUUGAGGCCUCAAGAUGAAGACAGGGCUCUAUCUAAGGUUAUAUCAGAGACUCUGCAUCAUAAGAGGAACCAAGAGGAGGAAAAUGUGGUUCAUGGGGAAGCAGAGAACCAUGUGAAGAGGGUGGUUUCUGAUGCAGUUCACAUGAGAGGAGAAGAGGAGGGGGAGGAGGAGCAUGAGAGAAGGAAGAAGAUAUCAAUGGGGAAGGUGAGAGAGUCUGAAGAAGUGAAGAGAAGGUUGGGGAGUGGGAAUGAAGAGACAGAGAGGUAUGAAGAGUGUUAUGUGAAUAGUCCUGGGAAGAGUGUGGUUGAUAAGGUUAAGGAUGUGGUUUUUGGUUCUUGGUUCACGAAACCGGAUGAAGAUCAACCGUCAGAAGGUGGGGAACAGUUUUCCAAGAACUCUGGUGCUGUUGCCAUGGAUCAGGGGGUGAACCAGGCUACGGAUGUAAGAGGACUCCAUGAGUCAUAUAAGUGAGAAAUGGUGAAUUAUAUGGUAAAGAUGUAAGUU